AUGACUUGUGAGGACAACAUCUCAGGCCAGGAACUAGACGAGACCCUGGCGGAGAGACUGUGGGGUCUGACGGAGAUGUUCCCAGAGAGGAUCCGGUCCGCGGCCGGAGCCACCUUUGACCUCUCCCUCUUUGUGGCUCAGAAAAUGUACAGAUUUUCCAGGGCAGCCUUGUGGAUUGGGACCACUUCCUUUAUGAUCCUGGUUCUUCCUGUUGUCUUCGAGACGGAAAAGUUGCAAAUGGAGCAACAGCAGCAGCUGCAGCAGCGGCAGAUACUUCUAGGGCCUAACACAGGGCUGUCAGGAGGAAUGCCAGGAGCCCUACCUUCACUUCCUGGAAAAAUCUAGAUUGUUAUGCUAUAUUUGAGAAGUCUAGGUGGGAGAACUUUGAGAUUCAGUUGUGUUUGAACUGCUGAUUAUUUGGAUUUCUUUUUCCUUCUUUUAAAUUUUGGCACAAUGAUCUAUCCAAACCUGUUGGGGAAAAUUCUCCAGACCUCAUUGUCUCAAGGAAAGACUCCCAACUUGCAACUAUGCCCUCCACGCUGUCCUCAUUCUGAUAGUGCAGCCAUGUGGAUGGUUAUUCCAGCACUGGCUCUCAUCCCUUUCAGUAAAUUGCUCUCCUCACUACCCAGUGUGGGGUAGAAACUAAGGCCAGUGGGAAAGCAGCACUCCUGGCUCUUUUUUUUUUCUUUUUUUUUUUUUUAAGAUGGAGAUGUCAGGGAUGAACAUGCACACAAUACAAAACUGACAAAAUGCAUUGAAGUAGUAGUAUAGAGUAGCCACCAGAGAUCUGUUGGAGAGGAGCAAGGCUUGCUGAAGCCUUAGCCAUAAGUAGGGAUGAUGGGGACUGUGGAGGACAGAGCAGGAGCUCAUUUCCUCUCUACAUUUUGGCUAUUAGACCUAUGUGUGUGUGUGUGUGUGAUGUCUGUAUGUU